CACGCAUUAGACUUUUUCUUUUAUAUUUCCAAUCGCUAUGAUCAAACCAGCAUUACUCUUAUUAUUUUUGUUUCUCGCCAUGCUCAACGUCACUUUGGCAGUGUGGAUCGGCAAUGGACCUCGGUGUUUAUCUCUCUCUGAUCGUUCGGCCUGUCCAGCAGGUCAAGAAAGUCAAUGCUUAGCUACAGAUCAGCGCAUGGCUUCCAGUAAAUGUCCACCGCGAUGCGGUGACUUUGGCGAAUCUUGCAGUACCGGCGUCAAGAUUUGCUGCUUCUAAAAUACCAUUGCUUAUAUUGAAUCCACACACAGCGACCUCUUUUUCACUCUUGUCCACGUAUUUACUAAUAAAAUAAACCAUGCCAUUGUAUACAUCUG